AUGGGCCUCCAGGACGCGCCUAGCGGCGGCAGGUCGCUCGCCAGCGUCGGCUUCGCCGGCGCCGGUGUCGGGACCGGCAACGGAGGCGGCGGCUACAAGGACCUCCUCGUCAUGGCGCUGCCCAAGGACGACGGCGCCAAGGUCGUGGAGGUCGUUGCCGCCGGGCUGCCGGACGUCGGGGAGGCCGUCAGGGCAUUUUUUAACAGUAGAGAGAUUAGAGAAUUUGCGAGUGGGGCGUUAGCUGGUGCUAUGUCUAAAGCUGUUCUUGCUCCCCUGGAGACGAUCAGGACAAGAAUGGUCGUAGGUGUGGGAUCCAGACAUAUUGGUGGUAGUUUUGUGGAGAUCAUGGAACAAAAUGGGUGGCCAGGGCUUUGGGUGGGUAAUACAAUCAACAUGAUCCGCAUUAUUCCAACUCAAGCAAUUGAGCUCGGGACAUUUGAGUAUGUCAAAAGGGGCAUGAAGUCAGCACAAGGGAAAUGGAAAGAGGAUGGAUGCCCAAAGAUACAGCUCGGUAAUAUGAAAAUCGAGCUGCCACUCCACUUGCUAUCUCCAGUUGCCAUCGCCGGUGCAGCUGCUGGGAUAGCUGGCACAUUGGUGUGCCAUCCUCUUGAAGUUAUCAAGGAUCGCUUGACAGUCGAUCGAGUGGCUUACCCUAGCAUUAGCAUUGCCUUCAGCAAGAUAUAUCGAACUGAAGGUAUUGGUGGCCUCUACUCUGGCCUCUGCCCGACUCUAGUCGGGAUGCUUCCUUAUAGCACAUGCUACUACUUUAUGUACGAUACGAUUAAGACCUCGUACUGCCGCCUACACAAGAAGAAAUCAUUGAGCCGUCCCGAGCUACUGAUCAUAGGAGCUCUGACAGGUCUGACCGCAAGCACAAUCAGCUUCCCGCUGGAGGUGGCGAGGAAGCGCCUGAUGGUGGGAGCGCUGCAGGGGAAGUGCCCGCCCAACAUGAUGGCCGCCCUGUCGGAGGUGAUCCAGGAGGAGGGCCUCCGAGGGAUGUACCGCGGGUGGGGCGCAAGCUGCCUGAAGGUUAUGCCAAAUUCUGGCAUCACCUGGAUGUUCUACGAGGCCUGGAAGGACAUCCUCCUGGCCGACAAGGACAAGGCCCGCGAAUAGCCGGCGACGAGUAGUUGCUGGAGAAGGUGCUAGGUGGUACCCCAGAAUAAUGUUACCCUAGAAUAAUGUUCUGCCGGGCGUAUGGUGGUUCUGUGCUCCUUUUCCAGUUUUCGAACCCCGCAUUUGCCUGUGCAGAACCGAUAGAUAGGAGGAAACGCACCGGUGCGUUCUGUUUCUGUUUGGCAGAUGACUGGGAAGCAUUUGCUCCA